AUGACAUCCAGAGACAGUUCUAAUCACAUUCUCAGGAACUUUUACUUUCAUCCGUUUAUACAUAGAAAGCAGUGUUAUAUCCUACGCAGGGCGAGGCAAACACAUUCGUUUAUUAUAAAAGUCACAUACAUAGAAAUCUACAAAGAGGAGCUGAGGGAUCUUCUAAACAUAGAAGCGAGUGCCAAGGAUCUAUGCAUCAGAGAGGAUGACCAGGGUAGCACAGUGGUGUGCGGGGCACGGCAGGUGAAAUGCCUGGAUGAGCAGGAUGUGGUUACCUGCCUUGAGGCGGGCAGUGCGAUGAGGCACACGGGAGCCACCCUCAUGAACGAACAGUCGAGCCGAUCCCACUCCAUCUUCACAAUCACCAUAGAACAACGUUGCGAGAAAGGCUGCGGAGGAGUGAGAGAUGGAAGCGAGCAGACCUGA